UGUAAACUCAAUUGGUGUUGAAAAUUGAUACAGAUCAAGGUUUUAAUUGUAAGAGAUUAAUAUAUUUGACAACUUGUAUUGAGAGAAUGACAACUUUAAAAGUUGUCAUUUUUAACAUCAAUGUUUUUCGAUGAAGUAGCUCAGGCAUGCAGACCAGAAUACCUUUAGGUUUGGAGACUGACAUGUAAUUUUUUUCACAGUUUGAAGCAUCUUUAAAGGUUAGAUUUAAUUGUGUCAUCCUGCAAUACCUGUUCAUGUGACUGCCAAGAGAACUCAGUCUUGGCAGUCACAUAAACAGGUAUCGCAUGCUUCCUGCUGCCCUUCAUUUGUUGCUGCAUUGUCACGGAAACUAACGUCUCUUUGAUUUCCUUCCACAACUCAAGCUCAGCUGUCACCCAGUCAAGACAUGAAGAGGGAAACACUGAAGAUCUGCUGCAACAGGUGUAUGGAUGCCUCGUCACAUAAGCCUCCCCCCAUCUGUCGGUAACAUUGCUUCAUUAGCCUCACACACUGUCCCCAUUCUUUCUCCCUUCAUGUUUUGUGAAUGAAUGGAUUAUUCUGCCAGGGGUUGUGAGUUGUGGGGCGUCAAGACUAGAUAAAAGCAAAAAACCCAGAACUCCACUAAAACAUAAUAUAGGGCCCCUAUCACUUUGUUUAAAUUGUGCUAAAAUUGACUAAUGCAAAUGUUGGGACCCUUAAGGCCCCUGGAGUUAAGUUGCCUGGGUCACUUAUUUUAGUUUCCUACUUGGCUUGGUUGCUAAUUCAACUUUGACCCCAUCCUGGCACAUGGUCAUAAGUAGAAAAUAAUACAUGGGCACAUAUAAUGAGUGAUAUUUUAAGGUUGCUGUUUGGUGGUGCUUAACUGAAGAAUCUCUGCAUCUUUGUGUAAUUUUUAAGUCAGUAAUAUUGGAAUAUUUUCACCGUUUUCAACUAAAACAGUGGUGCUCUGAAGCAUCAAAGCCGUGUAGCUGGAUUGGGAGUCUUAUCUAGGCCUGGAUUCAGUUCUGAGUUCACUGAAUGAAUGAGUCAAAGAAUGAAAAGAGUCAUUGAACUUUGCAAUGCUUAAUGUCUCCAGUCAAUGAAGCUGGGAGCCAGGAAGAAAUCCCCUCUGCGUCAUAGAAGCGUCACCUUUCAGUCUUUCACACUCCAUCUGUCUGUUCAUCAACUGCUACCUGAACAUGAAAUAUACACGUCCCCUCCUGAAACUUGAUUUUAAAUUUGGUGUAGCCAGCUUAUUUCAGCUCCAACUGCCAACUGUAAACAUAUGUUUUUAUGAACUAUUUCCAUGAUCAAAUGUAAGCAAGCAGCUGUUUUCCUGUGCAGGUUUGUUUGCGCUGUUGUUAAUGAGAUAAGCUCUUGCGUCUUCAGCUAAUCCUGUUCGAGGAGCAGCGAGGUCAUCAGUCAAAUCCCCAUAAGAGCAGACAGUGACAGAGCAGAGGUGUAUACAGGUACACAAACUCAAGGACUGCAAGCAAUGCAACGGAUGGACUGUGCCUAUAGGAGAUAACACUUGCAGCUUAAAAUUAAAAGAACAACAACAGGACUGACUUUUGUCCUGGACUUGGAAAUAGUCAAGACAUUGGUGCAUUAACCUGUACGCUGUCACAGAGUAAGGUAGACACCACCUGAAACACCACAGACAACAUCAGCGCGAGCCAGCUCUUGGGAAUGGAUUCCCUCAUGUCGCUGGGUGCUCCCCUGAAGCAGCUCACCAGCUGCAUGUCGGGGAAGAGCGCCACCACCAAGAGAGGGGGCAAGAAGAGCCAGUCUGUCCGCAGAAACAGCUUCACCCGCAGGAAGAGCGUCAGCAGGAGGAGAAGCCUUCCCUGCAGCAGCCAGAAAGUCCCCGACUCCUGGCUCAGGAUGUACCAGGAUGAACUAAAGAGAGAGAGGAAGCGACAGCAAGCCAUACUGGCCAAGAAGAACGCGGAGAGGUCGGUCAGAAGAACCCACUUCAGGAGCCACCACUGCCUCCCCAGGCAGACCACCCCUGCCAGAAAAUCAGCCCCAGUGAAGGACGACUCCUUCUUUGGAGCCUUCCAAGGCCUCAGUCUGGACGGACUGAUUGGAGGUAGUAAUGGAUCUCCUGCCAUCGCCGCUCCUGCUGCUGCUGGAGGAGAUCAGUGCAAAGUCAUGUGAGAUUUAACCCCCAAAAGGACAAUUAGACUGUUUAAAUUAUCCUAAUGCACAAGGGACUUGAAGGACAAAGAGCUCGUGGAGGAAAGGCGACUCGAAUUGGAAAUGAACCAGAGGCUCACACCUAACCCAAGAAAAGGGGGGAAAUAUGUUUGGAUUAGUCUUCAUUUAUUUUUAGGAGUUGAUGUUGCUUGUUCUUGAUUGCUUGGUUCUGUGUUUGCAGAUUUCACUCAUGUCACUCUUUGCAAUUUCUGCAUUUUCUUGUUUGCUAGAUGAGCAGAACGGUUUUUGUGAAAGAUGGUUAUAAAAUCUCUGCUGACAUGUUCUUGUAUGAUUUCUGUAAUUCAUUCAGUGUUCACACUCCUGAGCUGGUGGAAGCAUUUCAAAUCUAAAGCAGGUGAAAGGAUUUUAUUCUAUCUUUUCAAAACAACAUAAAUAGAAAACUAUAUGCAACAAACACCAAGCAGGUGUUUUUAUUCACAAUAUUUGAGUUAAUACAUUUAAGACAUGCAGAACUAAGGUUGGAGGUGGGCUCGAGACACUGAAUGCAAAAUCUGCAUUUGUGCUGAAGACUUAAAAUAUUUCUGUGGCUGUUCCAGAAACAUUUUCCUUUUCUCCUCUGGCGGCACAUUUCAAGAUACUGUGCUAGCUCAGUAUGAGGGAUCUGUAAUUGCAGACUUAGCCAUUUAAAAAUUUACGCUCAGCUUUGCAGACCACUACUGGUACAGUAGACUUGUUAAGUCCAAGCUUUAUUUUGUAAAAAAAAAAAAAACACAAACCACAUUUUCCUCAUCAGUUACAGAAGUGGAAGCUGCAUCAUCUCUUUCUCCCAUGAGGCCAGUAUGAUCUCUGGGUCCAGAUCAGAAAUAUGUACAUUAGAAAAACCAAGUACAAAACUACGUUUGUCAGGGUCAGGAUGAGGAAGUAUCCAGAUGACUGCGUGAUGACGACUACACAGCUGACUGCAGACGACGAGGUGAGGAUACACAGAACUGGGUGUUUUUAUAACAGUGAGUUUACUCUCGAUAAAGUCCCAUUUUACAGCAUCAUUCCCUCUGUUCCAUCUUGACUUUCGGGGGCUUGAGGAAGGACCUGUUCUUUUUCUCCUUGUUCUUCUUGCCUUUGGCCUGGAAGUUCCUCCAGCUGUCCACGCGCCCAUCUCUUGUUUCCUGACAAAUGUGUGAAAAGAAAAUUGCCAUUUCAGAAAUGCCAAAGGCAAUCGUGUCCAUUUAUUAGUAGAGUAAGGGACCACAGUCAUGGAGGAACGCACCUCAAAGUUUUUCUGCCACUCUCUCUCGCGCUUUGCUUUCUCUGCUGCUUCAAUUUCUUCCUCUCUUGCCCUUUUUCUGGUAAAUUGAGAAGAAGAGAUAAUCUAUGACAUUCGAAUAUAAGCUUUUCUGUUUCAGCAGUGAAACCUCCUGUGUGUCAUUUACCUUUCAUGCAUUUCCUUUGCUUCUCUUUCCUUCCUCUUGAUUUCGAGCUCCGCGAACAGCUUCAUGGUCUGUUUGUACACUGCUUGCUUGAACUGGAAAAAGUUGUAUAAAAAAAAACAUAUAUGCUGAUAGAUAUGACUAUGACAAAUACUUGCUGUAUUAACAUUGUGAAAAUCCAGUUAGUCCAAAGGAAUAAAACUGAAAAUGUUUUUUAGAAUAAUGUAUUUCACCAUUUACUGUGUUUAAAGAAAAAUGUUUUGACAGCUUUAUCUAACAGCAAUUACUGAAACUAUCACUUCAGUAUUUUUAUUUCUUUUCUCAAAUGGUCUUACAGUGUAAUCUUCAUUUUCCUGUUAUGUAUUUCUAUGACUUUGACUUACCACUUCAUGGUCGUCCUCCUCCACAUCCAAUGGUUUCCCAUCCUUCUUCAACUGCUUCUUUUUCUCCUUUACCUGUUGGGAACAUCAAGUGGCAGAGAAUAAAAAGUUA